AUUAUAGCAAGCUUGUGAACUAACUUCUUGAUACUAAAGCUUGUUUAACACUCCCUUUCUUCGUGUCUUGUACGAAAUUUAUAGUUUAUUAAGUCCAUUCACGCGUGAAUCUAUCAAAGCCACCAUCUCAUGACUAAGAUUUUUUUUUUUUUUUGAAUUGAAGCUGAGAUUUAACAAAAGGCCAAUGAACAAAAAGUUAAAUUGGUGAUGAGUCAUUGAAAUAUUAAUCAAUUUGUUCUCUCUUCAUCAAGCAAACAAACAUCUAUAUGUAUAUAUAUAUACAUGCAAAUGCUCAAAGCAGAUUGUAGAAGUGUUAUCAGAAAUCAUGGGCAAACGAGCGCAUGUGCUAGCAGUCUCAUACCCUGCACAAGGCCAUAUCCGGCCCCUCAUGAAGCUGUCACAACGGAUUGCUGAUCGCGGUGUCAAGGUUACAUUUGUGAGCACAGAGUUCAUACAUGAUGUAAUCUUGGCAGCAUCGCCUGAGAAAGGUGAAGAGCAAAACCGGAUUGAAAUGGUAUCGGUCCCUGAUGGACUUGAACCAGGGGAUGACCGAAAAGAUGGGAGAAAGCUGAUUGAAUCUAUUUCGAAAGUGAUGCCUGGUCAUUUGGAGGAGCUGAUUGACAAGAUCAAUUCAUCAAGUGAUGUUGAUGAACAGAUCACUUGUGUCAUUGCUGAAGUAACAGUGCCAUGGGCUAUAGGAAUUGCUCAGAAGAUGGGAAUUAAGAAUGCCAUGUUUUUCCCGCCUUCAGUGACAUCCUUUGCCUGGUCUCUCCGCAUUCCAAAGCUGAUUGAGGGUGGAGUAAUUGAUAAUAAUGGAACUGCCUUGAAAAAUGAGAUGAUCAGUCUGUCACCAGACUCGCCUGCAAUGAGUAGUGCUGAUUUUCCAUGGAGCUGCCCGGGCAACCCAACCACACAAAAGCUGGCAUUUGCAUUCUCAAUUUCCUCAGCUGAAGCUGCCAAAACUUCAAACUGGCUUCUUUGCAACUCAAUCCACGAGCUCGAGUCUUCGGCUUGCAAAUUGAUCCCAAACCUUUUAUCAAUGGGUCCAUUAUUACUGUCAAGUGAUGGCCUUGAGCAAUCCACGGGAAGCUUUUGGCCAGAGGACUCAACCUGUUUAAACUGGCUCGACGCACAACCUAACAAAUCAGUCAUUUAUGUUGCGUUUGGCAGCACAGCAAUCUUCAGCGCUCAACAAUUCGAAGAACUGACACUAGGACUUGAACUGGUAGCGCAACCAACCUUGUGGGUUGUGAGAUCAGACCUUACUGAUGAGUUUUCGGAGAGAUUCGGUGGUCGUGUGAAGAUAGUCAAAUGGGCACCUCAGGAGAAGGUGUUGGCUCACCCUUCUAUUGCUUGUUUUCUGAGCCAUUGUGGUUGGAACUCAACCCUAGAGGGUCUGAGCAUGGGUGUGCCCUUUCUGUGUUGGCCUUACUUUGCGGAUCAGUUUCUCAAUAGGAACUACAUUUGUGAUGUUUGGAAGGUGGGUUUAGGAUUGAAAGCAGAGGGAAAUGGAAUCAUCUCAAGGCAUGAGAUAAGGAGACAGAUGGAAAUGCUGCUGUGUGAUGGCAGUAUAAGAGCAAAUGCAGUGAAGAUGAAGGAAUUGGCUGGACAGAGUAUCAGUGAAGGUGGUUCAUCAUUCCAGAAUUUCAAUCACUUCAUUGAACAAAUUAUGGGUUGAUUUAUAUUGCUUCCUUACAUAAUUUGCUAAAUAAAUAUUAUGAAAUUUAUGAAAAUUUCUACUGCUUGUAAUGUCAUGUGGGCAUACUGAGAACUUCAUUAUACUCCAGUUUUUUUUUUUCUUUUUCUUUUUCAUUUUUAAUUUUGACAUCAAAUUUUAAAUCAUUCUAUGAUUGAAUA